GUUUGAUCCGUGUACAAAAUUUGGUUUGUGUUUCGCAUUUCGUUGCAGAUCCUAACAGAUCCACAUUGUCUCCCACACUAACCAAUCACAGCGAGGCUGAUGUCAUGGAUUCUUGUAAACUACCCAAUCAGGAACAAAGCUUUCCCCCAUUCUUUAUUAGCAUUGCUGACACCGUUAGCCUAUAAAAAGCGAGCUCCGAGUCCGCUUUCCCUUAUUCUGUGACUGAAAGUGACCGUCACUAUGGCAGAUGAGAAGAAAGCGCAGCCAACCUCCAAGAAGGGCGCGAAGAAAAUCAUCAAGAAGGCGCCAGGCAAAGGCAGCAAGAAAAGGAAACGAUCCAGGAAAGAAAGUUACUCUAUCUACAUCUACAAAGUGAUGAAGCAGGUUCACCCCGACACUGGCAUCUCCUCCAAGGCCAUGACCAUCAUGAACUCGUUCGUCAACGAUAUUUUCGAGCGUAUCGCGGGGGAGGCUUCCCGCCUGGCCCAUUACAACAAGCGCAGCACCAUCAGCUCCCGGGAGAUCCAGACCGCCGUGCGGCUGCUGCUGCCCGGGGAGUUGGCCAAGCACGCCGUGUCGGAGGGUACAAAGGCGGUGACCAAGUACACCAGCUCCAAGUGAGACACCACAUUGUACUGAGAAAAACACAUCCAAGACCCAACGGCUCUUUUAAGAGCCACCCACAACUUCCCUGAAACAGCUGAACCAAUUUAAGUUUAAAAUGAUUUUGGGUUUGUAUUAUUAAUGUCCCUAGCCUUUGUUUUAUAUAAAUGUUCUAGAAGUUAAUGUGUGGUCCAUGAUCUUCUGCCGUUUAUUUUAGGUUGCGGCCAUACGCUGUGUCUUUUCCCUGCCUCUGCAGAGCAUAAUUAU